GGCCAUCAUCAUCUCUCGGCCGCCCCUUUCUCCUCGGGCAGUCGAAUUCGGAUUCGAUUCCAUUUUCCCCCCAAUCAAAACGAUCGUCUGCGCAGUCGCAGCUCGACGCUGCAGCGGUGAUGAGUGCACGCGCUCAACUUACUAGCUUUGAAAGGCUAAAAAAAUAGCAAAUAAAAAUAAAAAUAAAAAUAAACAUAAAACCAUCUAAGAUAAAAAGGAAACGCAGUGCGAUCGGGGAAAAUGCAAACGUGUGAAGUGAAUCGCCUGACCAAUGAGUUCUGUGCAAUAAAAUGUAAUUGAAUUCCAGGCAAUCCGCAACCACAAGCCACUAUAUUGUUGUAUAUAGAAGGAGCUGCUUGAGUACUAUAAUUCCAUAACAACUGUCAUUGAUAUGCGUUGGCGAUUUGUGUGAAAUGUGGAAAAAAAAGAAUACAAAUACCUUGUAUGAAAUAAAAACAAAACGAGACAGCGAGACAUUCAAUAAGCGGUUCAGGGCCAGGCUCUGAAGGUGUUGCCAAUUUAUUUUAAAAGUCUGCGCUUUUUGUUGGCUCGCUGUCGUCACGUGAUAACUUGUUCCACUUGCAUAAAAAUAUUGUUAUUUUCUUGACACAAAUGCCACAAGACGAGGCUUUAAUUAGCAUGAUGUUUAAAAAAUAAAUACGAAAUACUUAAAAAUCCACACGAGUGCGCCCGCUAAUUGUAAUUUAUUUAUUUUCGAGUGCAGUGCAAUUAAAAUUUCAGCUCUAAAGGAAACAAACCUCGCCGUUUACCUACACACACAAAAAAAGCGAAACGAACAAAUCCAAACCAUAACAGUGCGAAACCAGAUUUGUAUGUAACAACAAACAAAUGCAAGAAAAUGACAAGUUCUUUGAAACCUACAAGCAAUACAAAGUCUGUCCCAAGAUGGAUAUACCAACGACAAAGUAUUUAGCCGACUAUCUGUACGUUGUACACGAGGACGUUCCCUUCCGAUACUAUCGAAAAACGAAAUGCUCGGUGUUCCGUGGGCUCGUGCUGUGCUUGUGCCUGAACCUGAGCUACGCGAACGUGGUCCGCUUCCCACGCGAGUUGGACCGCUACGGGUCGGCGUAUCUGCUGCCGUAUGUGGUGCUGCUGUUUCUAGUCGGCCUGCCCAUGAUUCUGCUGGAGAUCUCCGUGGGCCAGUUCCUGGGCCAGGGGGCGGCGCACACCUGGCGCGCCUCGCCCAUUUUCAAAGGAGCCAGCAUCAUCAGUCGCUUCGCCUCUUGGCUUUCCGCCAUUUGGGUGUCCUUGCAGGCCGUGCUGGCACUGGCCUACAUCGGGAUGUUCGCCUCCAAUGACCUGCCAUUCCGCGAGUGCGCCGGACCCGUUAAACUACGAAUGAGUGGCUACCUCCUCACGGGAACCAGUGGACAGGAGUGCCUGCAGCAGACCUUUCUCACGCCCUUCUGGCGUAAUCCCAUGUUCUUUGGCCUUCUGGCAGCUGGGCUUAUAGGCCUCUGGAUAGUGGUAAUGUUGUGCACCCAUAACGCGAAGAUCCUGCGUCGCAGCAUAUUCGUCUAUGGACUGACUGGUCUGGCCCUGCUUUGCACUCUCACUGGUUGGGAGGUGCGCAACUCCUUCAGUCGUCACUACUUCCCGGAACUUUGGGGCUUCGAUACCAGCUUGCUGGCCGAGAGCAACAUCUGGUUCAAUGCCCUGAUGCAGGUCCUCUUCUCGGUGAACUGUGGCUUCGGAGCUCUGCCCAUGGUCACGGGAAAGUUCCUGUACAAAGGUGACGCUGUGAGGACCUCGGUGGUUUACCUCUGCUUCAACCUGCUGAUCAACGCCAUUGCCGUCACAUUGUUUAUGGUCCAGUUCGAUCUGUCGGCCAACGGCUACCAGAAUAUGGAGGAGCUGAAGCCCCUCACCGCAAUAUACGAUCGGGUGUUGAAUGGCUCCCGGGAGGGCGAUAGCCACCUGCUGCAGCACCUGGUUCCUUCGCUCAUCUACGCCCUGAUCAUCCUCUCGGCCAUGGUCUCCAUUACGGUGGCCGUUUACACCUCAACGCGUCUCGUGCCAAGACGCCCCAACUAUGUGAUCUGCCUGAUUGGACUGGUGGUGGCGGUUAUAUCGUUUGCGGCGCCAAAGUUCCUCAUCGCCCGCGUUCUGGACUCACGACUGGUGGGCACCAUGGUAGUGACUGCCCUGGUCUUCGAGCUGAUUGCCAUAACUUGGAUCUACGGAGCCAAGAACAUCUACACCGACCUGGAGUUCUCCAUCGGACGUCCCAUCUUCCGCAUCUGGAUGUGGCUGUGGGUCAUCUGCCCGGCCAUUCUCACGGGCAUCCUGGUUUGGUGGUGCGCUGACGAUGAUCAGUACGAUGUGCUGGCCGAGUAUCUGCCACGUUGGGCGCCAAUUCUUUUCGUGCUGGCCGUGAUUCUAAUCAUUGCCUGUGUGCAGAUCUUCAGGCAGGUUGAGUACAACUUCUUCGGCAUGAUCUGCGAGGCCUCCAAGCCGGCGAAGGAAUGGGGUCCGGCGGAUCCACUAGCUCGACACUCCUGGAAGCAGUGGCGCUCCGUGUGCCAGGACACAGGACGCAGGGACUUUACCCUGCGGCGGAGGGGAACCCGGGACUACACGCACUCCAUCAAGAAGGGCCAGUACUCGAGUGCCCCAAAGUACGGCGUUCAGAAUGGGGGACAAGUUCAGACGACCAUGCAUCAGCAGCACUGGAAGUCCUCCACCCCGGGAAAUAGUUCGCCCAACUACAGCGGUUCCAUGUUCGGGGACUCAGCCAUUGAGGAGGACAUCAGUGUGGACAAGUUCCCUGGAAUCACGCAGCAGCAGUAUGUGCCCUUCCAGGCGAGCGACUCGAAACCCACGAGGUAUUCCCAGCGGAUGAGACAAACAGCUCAGCCGCAGACCCAAACGCAGAUGCGUCCACCCAGGGAAUCGGUGGAGAAGCAUCGCGAGGUGGUCUACAUACGUCGGCUCUCCGAUGGGGGAAGUGGCACGGGGCAUGCCACACGCAUAGAGAUAUCGCCCUCGAACGAAUCCAUCACCCAUGGCAACGGGAAGAGCAACAACAACUCCGCCUCUGCCAUGUCCCGCAAUCCGCUGGGCCGCUCCACGGGUUGUCUGGCUGCUCCAGUUCAACCACCGCCGCCCAGCGUCCAUGUGAAGCGGUCGGCCAGUUCGGUGGUCAACGUCAACUCCCACAAGUUGCCACCGCCCGCGUCUUCCGGUGGAGCGGCGGAUCACAUCUGCUGGCGCAAGUUCAAUGUCAAUCCGGAAGAGUAUUCCACGGAGCUGUGAAGCCAGGGGAUAACUAGAAGUAGGAAACGAAGCAUUCACAUUCAAAAAGACUUGUUGCAUCCAAAACAAACGUAUCUGUAUCUGUAAUUCGUAAUCCGUAAUCCGUGAAGCGUAUUGCACCUAAGGCACACCUAACUUUAAGCUACGAGAAAGUGUAUCUUCUAGUUGCGAGCUGUAAAUAUCCCUAGAUAUAGUUCUACGAUCUAGUUCCUUAGCUUAAGUCGAGGAAAUUCCGUUGUCAUUGCUCUCCGUCUGGAAAUCUGGAGCAGGAAGAGGAAAACCCAUCGGGGUUGACAUUUAGUCCUAAGCACAUUGAACUGUCAUGGAUUCGAGUGCCUGAAACACAAAAAACACUUGAAAUAACUGAAUUAACCCUAAGCUUAUUCAGUUCUUAGUUAGUCCGUAGGCCUAUGACCCCAUAACCUUAGCAUCCAUUGUAAAGUUACACAAACAAAAAACACAACGAUUUCGAAAACGAUCUUAUGUAAUAAAUAGUACGAUUAGUAAAUUA